AUGCUCAAUCCCUUCCGUCGCCCACGCGCACUCCGCUCGAACGAGCACGCUCACUCCCCUUCCGUCGCCCACGCUCACUCCCCUCCGUCGCACACGCUCGCCCACGCAUCCCCAUCCCGUCGCACCAUUCCUUCGUUUCCCCCAUCCGCGCUACCUCACAUGUCUCUCUUCCCCCGUGCUUCCUUCUCAUCUCCUCUCUUUCUCCCGUCUCAUCCCCUCACGUGCUCCCUAACUCAUUUCCUCUCUUGCUCCUUCUCAUCUUCAUGCUCUCUCGUCUCAUCUCCUCACGCUCUCCCUCCCUUCUCAUCUCCUCAUGCUCUCCUUCUCAUCUCCUCAUGCUCUCCUUCUCGUCUCCUCAUGCUCUCCCUUCUCAUCUCCUCAUGCUCUCCCUUCUCAUCUCCUCAUGCUCUCCUUCUCGUCUCCUCAUGCUCUCCUUCUCGUCUCCUCAUGCUCUCCCUUCUCAUCUCCUCAUGCUCUCCUUCUCAUCUCCUCAUGCUCUCCCUUCUCAUCUCCUCAUGCUCUCCUUCUCGUCUCCUCAUGCUCUCCCUUCUCAUCUCCUCAUGCUCUCCCUUCUCAUCUCCUCAUGCUCUCCUUCUCGUCUCCUCAUGCUCUCCCUUCUCAUCUCCUCAUGCUCUCCCUUCUCAUCUCCUCAUGCUCUCCCUUCUCAUCUCCUCAUGCUCUCCCUUCUCAUCUCCUCAUGCUCUCCUUCUCGUCUCCUCAUGGUCUCCCUUCUCAUCUCCUCAUGCUCUCCCUUCUCAUCUCCUCAUGCUCUCCCUUCUCAUCUCCUCACGCUCUCCCUUCUCAUCUCCUCACGCUCUCCCUUCUCAUCCCGUCUCAUGGCAUGAGAUGGCACAGGGUGGCGAUCCACGAGGCGAUGCAGCAGCAGGCCAUGAGUCUCACUGUGUGCUUCGCCUCUGCCUGUGCGCCAUGCGUCCCACAGGAGUGGCGAUCCACGAGGCGAUGCAGCAGCAGGCCAUCAGCAUCGCCAAGGCGGGCAUCACCACCCACCAUCCCCAGCCUGCCCUCGGGGCGAUACGAUACGACGACCUCAAGACAGCACAAGAGAACAUGGACCUGCAGAGCUCAAGAGAACAUGGACCUGCGUGCACCAUUCUGCCGCGCCUCGACCUCAUCUUUGCCGUCAAGGAUCUGCACAACUUCGACCGCGUGAUGAAAAAGGGAGUUUGUGCGACGUCUCAAAACGAAAACUCCCUUAUAUCAAGGACACGCGCGACUUCAACCACGACCUCAUCGCACGGCAAAAGGUACAUUGAGUUUGCUUGCACGUGCUGCUCACCGCGGCUGCCAGAAUCGGCAGCAGCGCUGCUGCAGAACAACCACGCGCAGAUCCGACAGAACAUGCGGCCGAGAGCAACAGAGACGGGGGAGGCAUCAGCGCUGCCAAUCACGGUUCGCCAGCUGGAGGCCAUCGUGAGGCUCUCAGAGUCCAUGGCGCGCAUGCAGCCCUCACCACUAGCCACAGAAGAGCACGUCACCGAGGCGCUUCGUCUCUUCCACGUCGCGACGCUGGACGCCGCCCGGUCGGGUGUGGUGGACGGAGCAGUGGUGACGGGGGAGCAGCGGCGCGAGGUGCAGCAGGUGGAGGUGCAGCAGGUGCAGGGCGCUGUGCGGCGCCGCGUGGCCAUGGGGGGGAUCGUGUCGGAUCGGAGAGGCGGCUGCUGGAUGAUAUCACACGGUCCGGCAAGCGCUGCUCAUCAUGUGGCGAAUGGCGUUUGGCAUGUGGAAUGGGGCGAGGCAUGUAUCGUCGCAUGCUGCAUGCAUCAGGUGCGGCGAGCGCUGCUCAUCAUGGUGGCACGGGGGGAGGUGGAGUACCAGCGGGAGAGGAGGGUCAUGUACCGCAAGGUCUGA